GAAUGUACGGAAGAUGCUUGACCUCCCUGUGUCAUUCCUCAUCUGUAAAAUGGACAUAGUACAUUUGUUUACCUCAUAAGAUUAUCACCUGGAUAAAUGACAUAAUCCAUAAAUGGUGCCUAAAACAACAUGUCUGCUAUGUAAUUCUAGCACUCAGUAAAUGUAAGCAAUACUUCCUUAUUUGUUUAUUUCCCAAAUGUCAUUUGUUAAUCUGCUCAUUGAAAACUGGCGAGAUACAUAUCAAGAAGUCAGUGGUUGUUAUGUCUGGAUGGUGGAGUUACAGGUGACUUUAUUGUCUUAUUUUUGCUUAUUUGUACUUUCUAAACUUUCUGUCUUACUUUUUUAAUAAGAGGAAACAAACUCCUGUCGAGGAUCUGCAGGGUGAAGUGGACUAGAGAUGAGUGGGUACAAAAUGAAGACAUGACCGCUGUCCUUAGGAGUUUAAAGUCUAUGGAAGGAGACAAAACAGAUAGGUUAAUGAUCAUUAUUAGCACCACCAUUAUUCUGGCUGGAGCAAUUGCACUUAUCAUCGGUUUUGGUAUUUCAGGGAGACACUCCAUCACAGUCACUACUCUCACCUCAGCUGGGAACACUGGGGAGGAUGGAAUCCUGAGCUGCACUUUUGAACCCGACAUCAAACUUUCUGAUAUCAUGAUACAGUGGCUGAACGGAGGUGUUAUGGACUUGGUCCAUGAGUUCAAAGAAGGCAAAGAUGACCUGUCGGACCAGGAUGAAAUGUUCAGAGGUCGGACAGCAGUGUUUGCUGAUCAAGUAAUAGUUGGCAAUGCCUCUCUGAUGCUGAAAACUGUGCAACUCACAGAUGCUGAUGCUGGUACCUAUAAGUGUUACAUCAUCACUUCUAAAGGCAAGGGGAAUGCUAACCUCGAGUAUAAAACUGGAGCCUUCAGCAUCCCAGAAGUGAACGUGGACUGUAACGCCACCUCAGAGAGCUUACGAUGUGAGGCUCCCCGAUGGUUUCCCCAGCCAACAGUGGUCUGGGCAUCCCAAGUUGACUGGGGAGCCAACUUCUCAGAAGUCUCCGACACCAGCUUUGAGCUGAACUCUAAGAAUGUGACCAUGAAGGUUGUAUCUGUACUCUACAAUGUCACGAUCAACAACACAUACUCCUGUAUGAUUGAAAACAACAUUGCCAAAGCCACAGGGGAUAUCAAAGUGACAGACUCUGAGAUUAAAAGGCAAAGUCACCUCCAGCUGCUGAACUCAAAGGCUUCCCUGUGUGUCUCUUCUGUUGCCAUCACCUGGGUACUCCUGCCUCUCUGCCCUUACCUGAUGCUAAAAUAAUGCACCUUGGCUACACAGAAACAUGCAGAGUCACUGGUACGACAGAUGAUGUUCAUCCUUGAAUGGUCCAGGAAAAGAAGACCUCUCAUCUUCACUGUGUGUGAUAUCCUGCCAUCACAGGGUUUGAGGCUUCUACUUCAUAUCCUGCAUGGACAGUGACGACCUCAGCUUUCAUCAGCAUCUACAGCGGUGGGACACAACCAGGUGACUUUGCACCACCUCAGGGGACACUUGGAAAUUCUGGAGACAAUUUUGUUGUCACAACUUGGAGGUGCUACUGGCAUCUAGUGGAUAGAACCCAGGGAUGCUGCUCAACAUCCUACAACAUACAGGCCAGCCACCCACAACAAAGAAUUAUCUAGCCCCAAAUGUCAAUCGUGCUGAGAUUAAGAAACCCUCAUGUAGAGUAGAAAAGGAUCUAGAAAACAGGGGAGCAAACAAACCUGUUUGCUUCCUAAAAUUAGGCAUUAGUUUCUCUCUUUGGCUGCUGCCUCAGCACAGAGAGCCAGAACUCAGUUUCAGGCAACCAGGAAUUCCUGAUGGAUUAUCUUCAGCUGGUUGCUUCUACGUUCCUUUCCUUUCUUUACUCUACAAAUCAAGUCCUGUGAGAGAGCUGCCUGAGUUCCAUCACAAGUUCUCUCAGGCUGAAUUUAGAUCUCAGCACUCUGCCUAGUCAAAAUUCAAAUUAAGGCAGCAAAAACAUGUAACUUCCUUGAAACAGAGAUUUCUGAAAGCAGGGGCAAUGAACCUUUGAAGUGAGGCCCUGAGGAAUGAAACUUUGAUGGAAAAGAAUGUUUUCUUGCCAGGCCCCUUCCCACACUUUUUGCAUGUUGACCACUUCCUCCCUGGCACUUUGGACCUUCUGUGCCUGUAUUACAUUUUGUUAUAGAAAACUUCAUUUUAGAGUUCUGACCAUUCAAAAGAAUGAUUGAAUAUACAUUUCCUAUGCUGUUGUCUGCCUAGUUUGCCAAAGAACGCGAGUAUAAGGGAAAAUGGAUAAAAAGCCAUACAUCAGGUUUUAAAGAUUAGUACAAAGCACAUAACGGGCCUUCAAUAAAUGUUUGUUGAAUGAACGGAUGAAUGAAUGGAUAAAUGAAUGGGAGGGAACGACAGGAGCCUGUGAGUAUGGGCAAGGUGGCUGGGUCUAGUUUCUUAAGGGAACUACAUUAGGCUUUACCAGCCUGCCAAGUCUCCAUCUGGGAAAAUAAGUGGUGACAGUAGACUUGAGGCAGAUGAAUGUGGGAGAAUACACACGGGUGGACAAACCCAUUGCUCUAGUAUCAAAACAAUCUGAUUCUUACUAGUCAGGAAUUAUCAAAUUCUCAAAAUCUUAGAGGUGGAAGGACCUCAAAAUCCUCUUUCCUAGUCCUUUCACUUUUCAGGUGAAGACCCAGAGGCCCAGGGUGAAGUGUGGGUAACUGGCUAUCCUCAGGCUAUAUAACUUGCUCAAAAUCACACUGGUAGUUGGAAUAAAGUCUAAAGAUAAUUUAAUUGCUAAAGAGCAAAUUCCCAGGGGACUUCUGAAAUAACUGCUGCAUUCCCAGCUUGUUCCCAAACGGCCUUUUGCAAGAAGAGAAUAAUGCUGAACCAAACUGAGAAAGUAAACUGAAAGCAUAACGACUCCCAACCCAGGUUAAUUCUUUGGCCUUGUCCAUGACCACACAGUGAUACGUGCAGAGGCAUUAGACACCAGAUGCUAUUAACUGAAGUACAAAGACGAGAAUAUGAUGUACACCACAAACAUCUAGGGAAGCUCAAAUCCAGCUGCCAAAAGCUAAAACAUUUCAGAAGUAUUAACAAUUUGAGGGAACAAGUCAAACUUCAAGGAGAAGUACUGGCUACCAGCUAUACCCAGAUUUAUUGGAAGUGUACAGUGACCGCAAUCUGUGCAUUGUCAAUUGGGGGAUGGGGCGUGCAGGGGGUCAUUACUGCAUAAUAAGGCUUCUGCCUGAUGGCAUCUGUGAUGUGCUUUGGUUCUAUUAAUGAAAUUUGUAAUUCCUAAUCUCCCUCCUGCUGGUAAAGUCUCCAUACAUCCAACCAGCUGCUCUAAUUCAGACUGUCUUACUACACGCCUGAGCACCUUGCUCCUUCUAACACUGUCUUAUUUCCUCUUUCACAUCAAUCAUCUCCAGGAGUUUCAGUAUGGGAGCCAUGAGUAAAAAUUAACAGUCACAAAAACAGAACCUUAGAGAUGCUCUCUUGUCUUUCUUUAAAUUCUAUCUCUCUCGAGCAUAAAUUCUUCUUUCCCAUGAAGCUGUCUUGGAGUGGUCCUGUGCACUAUGAUUUUACUCUUCUCUAGUCUAUACAUAAUUUAACACAAAAUCGCACGUUGUUUUUGUCUAUUGCUCCUCAUUGCUGAGCACUUGGACAGUUUGAAGAUGACGACAAAAUAAGGACGGGGGCCUAGGCAGUCUUUGGAAACUUGCUCUUAAGAGGAUCAAGCAGACAUUCCCAGGAAGCUUUGUUUACUGAUAGCAUCUUCUGGGCCAAAGCAGUUAAGUCACAACUUAGAAGGGGGGUAUCUGUAGUUACCACUAUAGGAGCCUCUGUGUCUAAUGAACGGCAAGGCUCCCCCAGAUAAUGAUAUGCCUCUCUCUUCUCAAAGUCAUAAUUUCACCUGCAGCAUUAUCUUAUCUCUUCAGUUCAAAUCUAAUUGCCUGGCCUAAGAAGUAUCCUUAGCAUUUUCAAUUAUAAGGUCCCUUACCCAAAACUCUAAAGGAUACUUCGAAUAAGAACUUUAUGGAUAGCUUAGACCUAUAUCCCUUCUUUACAAUAAGCCAAAAGUGAUGCUCACUUAAUCUAGCCUGUAAGCAGUUCAUAGCAAACUGAAACCAUUUCCUUUCUCUCUUUGCCUUCCAUAUUUGCAGUUCCCAAAAUUUAUUUGUAGUUCCCAAAAUUUAUUUGUAACCAUUAUGUAUCAUUAUAAGGAGAACUAUUAGGCUUUGAAAGAUAAAAUUCCAGGACCUUAUGGUACUUAGUAUGACUUUGAUGAGUCAGAUAACCGUAUACGACCCAAGUGGUAGGUCCAGGUCUCAUACCUAGGGUAGGUGAGGCUGGAAAUGUGACAAGUUUAUAGCAUAAAGACAGCAGUUCCUAUUUAGAGGCAGUAGGUACCCCAGAAGAAGCCAAGUCACAGACUGCUAAAUGAGGAUCUAUGAGAAAAAUGACAACUGUCUUCAGUUCCUCUCACCUUCCCUUUUAUCCAUUUUCUCCCAUACAGCCCAAUCAACGGUCCUCUAGACCCUGAGUAUUCUGUCUUUCCACCAUUCUUUCCAUCACAACUUCCCCACAGGCACCCCCUCACCCCAAGAAAACAAUGCUCCCUGGCAUCUAGCCACACAUGAGAAGGUAAUUUCUCGACUACCUUUUUCAUUAGCUUAAUGUACUGUCUUCCCACAGAGGUAAAUAAUCCUCACUUCACUGAAGUAAAGCAGGAGUUAAAAUAUCCAACUAGUGAGAGAUCCUUGGGGUGUCAAGUGUAGACCAAGGACUCUCACUGAGGGUGCGGGGGUGCUCUUUAACAAUACAGGCAUCACCACGUCCACCCCCAUUGCGGGAGUUAAGAAUCACUGUGUAACGUGAGACAUAUUUGAAUAUGUUACCUUCAUAAACAUAUAACUACUGUGGAAAUGUGAGGUCUACUGACGCAAAUAACCAUCUUUAGAGAAAGGAAAUCAAGUGCUUCCUAGGUCUCAAACAUCAUACUAGGUAUUUGUCUCAUUCAGUCCUUAUCUUAUAAGGUGGGUAUCACCUUGACCCUAGUACCAUCACCAUUUUACAGAGGGGAAAACAGGUCCUGAGAGGUUAAGUAACUUACCAAAGAUCAUAUAAGCCAACAGGUUGAAAAAGCAUUCAAACUCAAAUCUCUCAUGACAACCCAUACUAUUUCUGAAAAAGUAUGGUCAUGUGUAAAAGUGCUAUAAAUAUCUGUAACAUUAUAUAAAUAUUGGCUAUUGUGUUAUUAUAUACAUUAAACUAUGAGGACUCAU